AUGCGCAAGACAGCCACAUACGAGUGGAAAGAGGAGCAACAGAGGGCGUUCAGGCAAAUAAAGGAGCAACUGAAGCAGGCAGCCCUAUGCAACGAUUACGCCGCAGAAGAAUUAAUUAUCGAGACCGACGCGAGUGAUUACGCAGUACCCGGCAUUCUAUCAUGCAGAAAGAACGGCCGCGAUUACCCAAUUGAAUACAUGUCUAAGACAUUAACGGAACUAGAAAUAAGGUGGCCAAUGAGAGAGAAAGAAGCCUAUGCAAUUGUAGUUGCACUCCAAAAGUUCGAUGUCUACAUACGGGGUCGGAAGGUUACCAUAUACACCGAUCACAAAAGCCUAGAGUGGAUGUUCCAGGCCAAGAAAGGUAAGAUUGCCCGAUGGGCCACACUCCUACAGGAGUACGACCUGACCGUUAUCCACAAGAGCGGAAUCGAGAUACGGGUAACGGAAUGGAGACAAGCGUACCAAGAGAUAUCUACCGUUGAGAGAGACCGACUGAAG